AUGGUCCUCGCGUACACCCUCGUCCUCGCGCUCUCUGCGCUGUCCGCUCAGGCGGUCAGCGUUAGCGAUGCGUGCAAGCAGAUUGCCGAUGCUAUCUCGAGCAGCUCGGACGUGUAUUACCCCGGAUCUACCCAGUACGACGCGGACAUCUACCAUUGGUCUAUUGCCAGCACCCAAAACGCGACCUGCUCCGUCGAGCCUGGAACCGUCGAAGACGUCUCUGCAAUCGUCAAGAUCGUCGGCGAGACGGGUGUCCCCUUCGCCGUCAAAGGCGGCGGCCACGCCACGAACCAAAACUUCUCCUCAACGACCGGCGUCCAGAUCGCCAUGAGCCGCUUCAAAGACGUCGUCCUCAGCGACGACAAGAGCACCGUCGCCGUCGGGCCCGGCCUCAUCUGGGACGACGUCUACGGCGCGCUCAACGGCACAGGCGUCAACGUCGUCGGCGGCCGUGUGCCGGGCGUCGGCGUAGCCGGCUUCGUGCUCGGCGGCGGAUACUCGUACUUGACGAGCCAGUACGGUCUCACGCUCGACAACGUCGCCGCGUUCGACCUCGUGCUGCCCAACGGCACCUUCACGACCGUCACCCCCGCCGACUCAGACCUCUGGUUCGCCCUGCGCGGCGCGGGCGCGGGCAACUUCGGCGUCGUCACGACCUUCCACCUCAUCACGCACCCGCAGGGCCAAGUGUGGGGCGGCAUCAUCGGCAUCGACGGAUCGAACUUCGACCUCAUCACCGCCGCCGCCGCGCGCUUCUCGCUGAACAACACGGACAAGAAGGCCGCGAUGAUCCCCGCGUACCAGUACGGCGCGGGCGCCGCGUUCGCGAAUAUCGUGCUGUUCUACGACGGGCCCACGCCGCCGGCGGGCAUCUUCGACGACUGGCUCGCGAUCCCGACGACGUCGUCCGACCUCGCGACGCGCGACUUCGCAUCGUUCAUCCAGGCGCUCAGCGCGCUCGCGCCCAUCGCGCCCGCGACGCACGCGUACUUCGCGUCGGUGAUGCUGCAGGACUACCCCGUCGCGCUGCUCGACUUUUUCAAGGAGCGCACGCUCGCGCUCGGGCCGUCGCUCGCGCAGAACGACUCGGACUUCUUCUUGUCGCUCUACGUCGAGCCGUUCGACACGUCGUACCUCUCGUACAACGACGCGCCCGCUUCGUGGCCCGAUAGCCGUACGCGCGGGCUCCAGCCUACGGAUGUGUACUUCAGCUGGAAGGACGGCUCGCUCGAGGAGUUCUUCCUUGAUGCUAUGCGCCAGACUGUUGUCGAUAUCCGGAAUAAGGCGGACGAGCUGGGGCAGGACGUCGGCGACGCGGUCGAGUACCCGAACUAUGCGCUUUCGAGUACGCCGUCGGUGAAGGUCUAUGGGGAGGACAACUUGAAGAGGUUGCAGGCGGUCCAGGCCGUGAUUGACCCGAAGAAGGUGUUUGCGCAGACGGGCGGGUUCAAGAUCGAUGUGUAG